GAACAAACCUCUUAUUGAAAUUAAAAUGAGCUCCUAUUUUGUCAACUCACUCUUCUCCAAAUACAAAACCGGCGACUCCCUGCGCCCCAAUUACUAUGACUGUGGGUUCGCUCAGGAUCUCGGGGGCAGACCCACCGUGGUGUACGGACCCAGCACGGGGGGCACCUUCCAGCACCCGCCCCAAAUCCAGGAGUUCUACCACGGAGCGUCCUCACUCUCCAGCUCCCCUUACCAACAGAAUCCCUGCGCCGUGGCGUGCCAUGGGGACCCCGGCAACUUCUACGGCUACGACCCCUUGCAAAGGCAGAGCCUCUUCGGCGCGCAGGAGCCCGACCUGGUGCAGUACACGGACUGCAAGCUCGCCGCCAGCGGCCUCGGAGAGGAGGCGGAGAGCUCCGAGCAGAGCCCUUCUCCGACCCAGCUCUUCCCCUGGAUGCGACCGCAAGCCGCCGGACGCAGGAGGGGGAGGCAAACCUACAGCCGCUACCAGACGCUGGAACUGGAGAAGGAAUUUCUAUUUAAUCCCUACCUGACCCGCAAACGGAGGAUCGAGGUCUCGCAUGCCCUGGGAUUGACAGAGAGGCAGGUCAAAAUCUGGUUCCAGAACAGGAGGAUGAAAUGGAAAAAGGAGAACAACAAAGACAAGUUUCCCAGCAGCAAAUGCGAGCAGGAAGAACUGGAAAAACAGAAAAUGGAAAGGGCCCAGGAGGUGGACGAGGAAGGGGAAGCACAGAAGGCGGACAAGAAAUAAAAGGGAGUUUGGAGGACUGAAAGGCAAGCGCUGCUGGGGUGGAAGAGCCCCC